GAAAGCGUUGGGCGCUGCAAGGCGUCUGCCUGGUUGCUCUGGAGCCGGCUCGCGUGGCCGCCUGCCCGCCCCUUACCCGCCUCCUGCCAUGGGGAGUGCCGAGAGCGCUGAAUCCCGCAGAGUGUCCUUCGAGAUGGACGAGGAGGAGAGGGUCCGGGUGCUGCAGGGCAUCCGGCUGUCUGAAAACGUGGUGAACCGCAUGAAGGACUCCAGCCAGCCUUCAGCCGCACAGCAGCCCAUCCCUCCACCCACUACUCCUCCUCUUCCUCCUCCUCCUCCUCCCCCGCCUGCGUCUGGCCCCCCAGAAGCCACCUCCAAGGCCCCUCAGACAGACUCCAAAGUGCCCAGGGUGGAGAGCAGUGGUAGCCAGCAGCCCUCAAAGGUGAAGAAGGAUCUGACGAGGUUCCAGGAGGAGCAGGCUGCAGUCCAAGAUGAGCUGAUCCAGGCAGCAAAAUGGGAGAGAGAAAUGGCUGCGAAGCACUUGAAGGCAUCCAGGCCUCAGGAACGGGGCAGUGCUGGCCGAGAGCAGCCAUCCGAGCGGCUGGCCAGGGAGCUGGAGAACCGAGAGGCCGAGCUCAGCCACCGUGACACCUUUUAUAAGGAGCAGCUGGGGCGCAUUGAGAAGAAGAAUGCCGAGAUGUAUAAACUGUCUUCCCAUCAAUUCCAUGAGGCGGCUUCCAAAGCAGAGAGCACAAUCAAACCCCGCAGGGUGGAGCCCGUGUGCUCGGACCUGCAGGCCCAGAUCCUCCGCUGCUACCGGGAUCACGUGCGUGAGGUGCUGCUAUGUUCAGACUUGGUCAAGGCCUACCAGCACUGUGUGAGUGCUGCCCGCAAGGGCUGAAGAGCAGCAUCCAUCCUGAAACCUUGAGGAAGGGGCCAGUCAUGACCACAGCCCCAGGCAAUGGCCACUGUGUCCUUCUCAUCUCCUGCUGGGCACCACAUAUCCUUUUGAGCGUGGGGCUGCCAUGUGCUGAGGAAAAAGUAUGUCUUACUGUUGGAAAACAAAUAAAGCAGAUCUCUUUGUUUGCAGUCA